AUGACGAUUACCAUCACAUCAACCACUUCAAAUGAAAAGUCAACAACAACAGUCAUGGAAAAUUGUUCGGAAUCAUCAAAGAUUGUAGUCAUGCGAUCGAGUGAGCAAAAUGAUCAUCAUGAACAUCUUGUUUUGGAAAAACGUCAUGAACAACAAGAACAAAAUUCAAGAGAAAAUAAUCAUGUUUCUAACGCUUUUACUUUUGUAUCGAUUACUUUUGUUUUUCUUUUACUAAUUAUAGCAAUUUGUAACGACUUAUUUCCGAAAGAAUCUUCAACAAACACUGACAAACUCACGAUCGCUUCAAUGCUUUUAGAAAAAGGAAAUAUUGCAUUUCAAAAUAUGGAGUAUGAACAUGCAAUCACAUGUUACUCAAACGCGAUUGAAUUGACUCCAAAUUUAGCUGAUGCUUGGAGUCAAAGAGGACUUGCUUAUCUUAAAGCUCAAUCAUAUGCUCAAGCAUUAAAUGAUUUUAAUCAUGCUCUUAAAUUAGAUUCAAUACACGCAAACACUCAAAAUUGUAUGGGAGUAUUACAUUAUUAUGGUUAUGGAGUUGUCACAAUCAAUUAUGAGAUUGCUUUUUCAUGGUUUGAAAAAGCUGCCAAACAAGGACAUGCAAAAGCUCAACAUAAUGUUGGCCUAUUAUAUUAUUAUGGAUGUGGAACUCCAGAAACCUACACGAAAGCAAUUGAAUGGUUCAAAAGUAAUCCUACCGCAUUCUUCAGAUUCUUUGACUAUUUGAGAGACCAUUCAAAAGCGCUUAAAUGGUAUGAAAAAGCAGCAAAUCAAGGUCACCAUGAAGCUCGUUAUUCAGUCGGUCAUUUGUAUUAUAGAAAUCAAAAUUACACAAUGGCACUUGAAUGGUUAACAAAAGCAGCAAAUCACAAUCACUCACAAGCUCAGUACAUGUUAGGAACCAUGUACUAUAAUGGAGAUGGAGUGACACAAAAUUACACAAUUGCUUUUGAUUGGUUUUUCAAGAGUGCCCAAAAAGAGGCCUACAAAUGGAUUAAAUCUGCAGCAGACCAGGCCAAUCUUAAGGCAUUAUUGCUUAUUCCAGGCCAAAUUGAUCUGACCAAAGUUGGUAAAAAGCUGUGGAGCAAUGAAGGGAGUAGCAAAAAGAAGCCCUAUGUCAUGCUGUAA